AUGGAGAAUGUAUUCGAAGAUGCAUUAGAAAGCCUUGAUGAUGAUAAUGAUAAUCCUCAAAAAACAUAUUUACAUAAUAGACCAUCAUUAUCAAAAACACAUGAAGAAUCUACAAAUGAUCUAACUCAAUCAUUAGUUGAAUGUCAACAAAUCAUUCAACUUAUAUUAGAAAAUCGUCUUAAUGAAGCACUUAAAAAAACUAAAGAACAAGAAAAUCGUUCUUUAUAUCAUAGUUUAUUGCAUAGUUCAAUAAGUUUUAUGCAAGCUGGAAUGACAUUUAAUCAAGAUGAUAUUGAAGCAACAAUUCAAGCAUUACGUCACACAACAAAUAUGUCAAAAAAAUAUGAACCAUAUCGACCAUGGAUAACAUUUAGUUUAACAUCAAAAUCUGUCAUGACUGAAGAUGAAUUACAUGCAAAAUUAGUUUAUGCUGAAGCAUUACUUAUUCGUGCAUUAUUAACAUUUAUUCAAGAUCAAGGAUUAUUUAGUUUUAUAAGUGGCGCGUUAAAAAUUAAAGAAUGUCACGAUUUAUUUGCAAAAUUAGCAAAAAAUAAUGAUCCGUCCAGAUUUUCAUCAACUUUAUCACAUGAACAUUUUGAUAGUGGAGUUCGAAUGGGUAAUGGUGCAUUUAAUUUGAUGAUUGCUAAUCUACCACAACGUAUUAUUCGUUAUCUCGAAUUUGCUGGUUUUUCUGGAGAUAAAGAUUUUGGCCUUAAUGAACUUGAGAAAAGUGCAAUGAGUAAAGGUUUACGAGCACCAUUAUCAGCUUUAUUACUUCUUGGUUAUCAUACAUAUGCUGCACAUAUAUUUGGAAAUAGUGAUGGUGAUCUUGAAAAAGCAAAUAUGGUAAUUGAACAUUAUUUAAAAAAAAAUUCAACUGUAAGUUAA